AUGUUGGCAUCAUAUCUAGAGGAAUUUCCGAACUUGGGGUCUCAAUUCUCUAACAUCACCAAAGAUCAGCUCCAGCUUCUAGAUAAUAAAGGUGUGAUGCCGUAUGAUUACAUCGACUCGUGUCAACGCUUCAACGAAACGCAGAUAACACCAAUUGAUGCUUUCUACAACAAACUGAAUGAAAAACCCUGUCCACGCAGACAUUAUCUGAGAGCCAAGAUGGUUUGUUCGAAAUUCAGCUGUCGAGACUUGGGACAAUAUGUUGACAUCUACAUGAAUACUGACCUCAUGCUGUUGAACGAUGUUUUCGAAAAAUUUCGCUCCAGCUACCACAACACUUAUGGCCUCGAUCCUACACACUAUUACACCCUACCAGGAUUCACUUGGGAUGCUAUGCUAUAUAAAACCAACCAAGAACAGGAGCUGAUUACGGAUGUGGAUAUGUUUCUGUUCGUUGAACGAGGAAUUCGUGGAGGUCUCAGCCACAUUUGUUUGAAACGAAGAGCUAAGGCAAACAACAAGUUCAUGCCAAAUCAUGAUUCAAUAAAGCCUGAUUCAUAUUCAAUGUACUUUGACGUGAACAACCAGUACGGUUGA